AUGUAUUCGCAUCACAGAAGUAAAGACUCUCAAAGGUCGUCAAAGUUUACCACUCACGCUGCGGUCCAAUUACAAAGGCGGCACAAUAAAUCGGCGUACAGCCGCUAUGACGGGGGUCAGCUGCUCGAAGAUCUGGGCCACAGAGAAUCCGUAGAACUCGAACGUCUCGUCCACGAAACAUUUCCCAGAUGCAACGUCGAUCUGAUACACGUUGUCAAUGCCCCGCAAAUGUAUGGUAUGUACUUGCUGCGCAAAGAAGAAAUGAGGUAUGGUGACAAGGAACUUAUUCUAUAUCACGUGACCACCAAGUCCAGGGCUUUGGAGUCGUUGAAAAACGGACUUGACUGGCGGCGCACCAGGCGCUCCAAGUUUGGGCGCGGUGUGUCGUUCAGCGACGACGCCGACUAUGCCAACUAUUAUGCCGACCAUUCCCCCAGAGAAGAAAAUCGGGUGAUCAUCGUCUGUGCCGUGUUGGUGAACAAGACGCAGCGGGUGUCUGGCAAUGAGAAUUUGAUCGUACCGACAGGCGGUGCCGACACGACCCUGAGCUCCAACGGUCGCGUGUACGUCAAAUACAACGACUACGACUUCUAUCCGCUGUACCUUAUGUACUACCGACGGACACCGGAACACUUCAACGAAAGCAAAUAUUUCCGUAAUAACCCCCGCAAUAAAUGGCAGCAAAACAACCUGGCGCAGGUGCAGCAGCAGCAGCAAGAGUUGAAAGCGCAGCGCGAGCGAGAGCAGGCACAACGUCAGCAACAGGUGUGGGCUGAGCGACAGCGAGUGCAGGAAUGGCAGGAGGCGCGUCGUCGUUUAGCGGUUCAACAGGAAGUCCGUCGUCAAGAGCAGGAGCUGCAGGCGCGCCGUCAAGAGCAGGAUCUGCAGGCGCGCCGUCAAGAGCAGGCGUACUCUAGGCUAGCACGGGCACGGCAGCACGAAAGCAAGAGCAAUUGUCUGAUUCUCUGA